AUGGAUGAGGUCACCAUUCCCUUGCUGACCUCCGUGAGCGGCAGCAUCCCGGACCUGGAGCCAGUGAGGGAGGGCGCGACCUUUACUCAGACCCUUUUCAAUGUGAUCAACAUUUUCGUGGGGCUGGGCCUCCUCUCCACGCCCUACGCUUACCGGGCUGGCGGCUACAUUGCUGGUGUGGCCUUGCUCCUGCUCUCCUCCCUCUUCUGUCUAUCAGGGCACCUGAUAGUUGCUGCAUUCCAGUAUCUGCCUGUUGAUGCUCCGCGGUCCUUUCCGCAGCUUGGAAAACAUGCUCUGGGGAUCCAUGGCCGCAAGGUGGUGGCGGUCGUGGCUUUCCUGGAGCUUUUUGGAGGGGCGUGCAUGGCCCUCCUGGUGACCUGGCAGCAGCUCCUCAUCCUCCUGGACAACCAUGGCCUCCUGGCCCUGAGCCCUGUCCACACCGCCGUCGCGCUCAGCCUCCUCUGGCUGGUGCCCAUGCUGAGCGUGGGGGGCUUCAGCCGGCUGGCCAUCCUUUCCAAGCUGGGCAUGCUGAGCGUGUGCAUCGUGGUGACGGUGGUCUACUCCCUCCUGGUCCUGGACCCCUCCCGAGACGAUCUGCCGCAGCCGCCCCCGGGGCACGCACUGGCGCGCUGGACGCUGCCCCAGGCUGUCGGCAUCUUCGCGGUUUCCCUGUCCGGGCACAGCACGCUGCCCGCGCUGCGCGCCGGCAUGGCCGCCCCCUCCCGCUUCCCGGCCCUGCUCACCGCCGCCUUCUGCGUCAUGGCACUGCUGUACGGCACGGUCGGGGCGAUGGGGUACUGGUACUACGGCAGCACCACCUCCGCCCUCAUCACCACCGACAUCUCGCGGGCGGGGCCCUGGACCGACACCGCCAUGGACAAGCUCCUGGCCUGCCUCCUGCUGGUCAACUGCAGCACCAAGUACCCGGCCCUCGUCCUGGUGCUACAGGCACGUGUGGACCUGAUCAUCGGCAUGUUCCCCUCCAAGGUGGCCACCCAGGGCCAGCUCCGGCCUGCGGUGCUGGCCACGCUGCGCAUGCUGCUCUGCGCCGCGUCGGUGGGGCUCAGCUACGCGGCCCUGGACUCCAUCGCCUGCGUGAUGUCGCUGGUCGGCGGGGUGGCCUCCCUCUCCUGCUCCCUCCUCAUGCCCACCCUGUUCUACGUGAAGCUGGCGUGGGCGGAGCUGGGCGCCGCACGGCGAGGGGCCCUGCUGGCGCUGCUGGGUCUGGGCUCCGCGCUCAUGGUGUUCAUCACCAGCCAGAACGUGGUCCAGCUGCUGGCACAGCUGGGCAAGAGCACGGGCGCCUGA